GCACGCAACAAAACAAACCGGCUGGUCCCCUCCAUGCGGUGCGCCACGAGGGCGACGUCACGUAGGCACCCGGCAAGCGAGUGAUCACAGUAUCGAGACACCAACAAGGGCCGUGGCGCAUGUGCCUAGUAAUACGCGGCUUCAUUUAGUUGCCCAGUGUCCGUGACCCACACAUACAUGUAUUUCACUAAAGUUGAAUUCUAUGAUCAACAAACUAGGUACAUUCAAAAAGUGGUGCGCAUGUGCUCUCGCCUCCAGUACUGUGAACUGUUCCCUGUGUGAUCUCUUGGGACAAGAUAGUGCGUGGACCUGUGGGUGUUCUAGUUAGCAAGUGGUGCCUGCGUGCUACGAGAAGUCUACGUUGUUUCGUAGCAGACCGCCUUACGUGGAAAGCUCAAGUGACCAUAUGUGUGGUCGGUGACGCAUCGUCAGCACGAGAAGCUAGCAACUCGGAAGAUGAAGCCGCGGGGGGCGAGCGUCAUGCACGCCUUCACUGCGCUUACUAUGUUGACCAUGGCUAAUGCUCAAACAACAUGCAACCAAGGGAUGGGUCGUGUUAUGUAUGAGAGAUUACCGAACCAACAGCUACAUGGAUUCGACGAUGACGUUGUACGUGAGACAGCUCCGCCGUUCCGCGUACUGGAGAAAUGUCAAGAUUUAUGCCUCCGGGAUCGCUCAGUCAACAGCCUAGUGAGGACAUGCAACUCUAUUGAUUUCCAGCCUGGUGCUCGUAUAGCUGCUUUCAGCCCUGAACCGGAAUAUGAGGAAUCUACAUGUUUCUUGACUCGUGAACAAGCAACUCCAGAGGGCAUUGGCACACUCAUGAUUGUUCCAAAUAGCGUGCAUUUCAACGAGAUCUGCCUUACUUCUAAUCGUCCGGAACGUGAAUGCCCAUCGCGUCGAUAUGUUUUUGAGCGUCAUGCUCGCAAACGUUUGAAACUUCCACCUUCAGACCUUAAAGAAAUUAUGGUUGCUAAUCGAACUGAAUGCGAAGAUAAAUGUUUGGCGGAAUUUAGCUUUGUUUGCCGCUCUGCCACCUACGAUUCUGAACUAAGGACUUGCUCACUUAGUAGAUUCACGCGAAGAACACACCCCGAGUUAUUGGAAGAUGAUCAUAAGGCAGAUUAUUUGGAAAAUACUUGCUUAAACGCUGAACGGCGGUGCGAUGGUUUAGCUGUUUUCAUUAAAGAGGAAAAUAAGCGACUUGGUGGGCCGUUUGAGGCUGAUGUGUUUUCAAAUAUGACUUUGGACGAAUGCCAAGCGAUGUGUGUUCGAGCGGAAAAAUAUUUUUGUCGGUCUAUCGAGCACGAUGCAAUGACAAGACAAUGUGUUCUCUCCGAAGAGGAUUCUGUAUCACAGAAAGAUGAUGUAACUGUUAGUGCAUCACCAACGCAUCAUUUCUAUGAUCUUGUUUGUCUGGACAAUCUUUCUCAUCGGGCAGCUCGUGGCACGGAGUAUCCAGAUAAUAGCGUAACGUCACACCUCUUCUCCCCUGGAAGGAGACCGGAUACUGCCUUCCAGAGGUAUAGAGUCAGCAGAAUUACCGGGGAGUUCCAUUCUGAAAUUACUGGACGUUCGCUUAGUGAAUGCUUAGACGAAUGUUUGAGGCAGACAAGUUUUCAGUGCAGGUCGGCCGUGUACAGCGACCGAGCGAGGACCUGUCGCUUGAGCCGAUACAAUCAGAAGGAUGGCAUGCGCUUAAUAUACGAUCCUGAUUUUGAUUACUACGAAAAUUUAAUGCAUCAACUAGUGAGUGGUGAGAGCGAGUCGGGGGGUGCGACCAGCGGUUCCCAGGCCCCGUGGGGGCGGCCCACUACCACAGGUGGUAAUGGCGGCAACGGUGGUGACCGAGACAGGUACCCACCAGGCACUGAUCGCGAUCGUUACCCUGAUGAUGACCGUUAUCAAAUGGACGACGAGCGGUAUAGCGGUAGACCCGACCGGUAUCCACCUGAUGACCGGUACCCGGGCGGACCUGAUAUAUACCCGGAUAGGUACCCGGGCGAGCGCUAUCCACCUGCUGAUAGAUAUCCAGAUGACAGAUAUCCACCUGGUGUGGGCCCUGACCGGUACCCGCCAGGAAUAGAUCGAUAUCCCCCAGGCAUAGAUAGAUUCCCUCCUAGCAAUAGAUAUCCAAGCGGCGACCGCUAUCCUCUUGACAGUGGCAGAUAUCCGCUUUACGAAUACCCUACUAAUGAUAUUAACAGAUACCCUACUUCUGAUCGUUAUCCUAUCAGUAGAUAUCCUAUUGACAUUUACCCUGACAGAUACCCAAUUGACCGGUAUCCGGAUAGGUAUCCCGUCCGUGGUAGUGGGAGAUAUCCUUCUAGACCUUGGAUCCCUAGUCGUUAUCCUGAUAGAUACGAUCAGGACCGCUACGCUGGAUCCAGUGAUUGGGGGCGAUAUCCGUUUAGUCGGUACCCGGUUGGAGUUAACCGAGACCCGGUACCUUUAGGCGGAGAUCGAUACCCAGAUUUGUAUGACAAAUAUCCGCCGACCGGAUCGUCAUAUCCUGCUGGUUAUGGUCGCGGUGGUUACUACGGUUCAGAUUAUCCGCCACCAAGUCGAUAUCCGGGCCCAGACAGAGGAGUCCGUCCUUUACCAGAUAGGUAUCCCGCUGAACCAAGACCUAGUUUUGGUUUGAGAAGACCCAUAGAUAGACCGGGAGGAUAUCGCGGUAGUUAUCCCCUUCCUGGAUUGGACCGUCCUAUCGGUGGAGGUGGUUAUGGAGGAUUUGAACAAGAUGGGCCUAUUGGACCAGGAGGACCAAUUGGUGGACCCGUCGGAGGUCCUUUAGGUGGUCCAAUUGGUGGACCAAUAGGUGGUCCAAUUGGAGGAAGACCACCAGUGGGCCACAGACCAUGGCAAGGAUCUCGGUGCGAGGAAGAUAGCUUUAGACAAGUCGGUAGGCAGCGUAUGCAGAGACGAUUUGUGCGUCGGUUUACAACUGCUCUUUCGUUAGCACAUUGCCAGCGGGAAUGCAUUGAAGCUCGUGACUUUAUUUGUCGCUCCUUUAACUUCAGGGAUACCGGUUUUGGAAGUGAACCUCGGGAUAAUUGCGAACUCAGUGACCGGGACACUCGUGAAUUAGAUGCUGCAAAUCCUGCGCAUUUCGACAACACUGCCAAUGAUUACGAUUUUUAUGAACGAGCUCUUGGUCGUAUUGCUGACGAUUGUUUGGAUGUAUCUCAAGUAUGUAAUGAAGACGGUAUGGAAUUCACACUGCGAUUGCCAGAAGGAUUUUACGGACGAAUGUACACCUACGGCUUUUAUGAUCGCUGUUUCUUCCGUGGAAAUGGAGGCGUCAAUAAUGUUCUGCGCAUUACAGGCGCACACGGUUACCCAGAAUGUGGCACACAACGAUACGGGGACACAAUGACGAAUAUAGUAGUAGUGCAAUUCAGCGACAAUGUUCAAACAUCGAGAGAUAAACGGUUUAAUCUCACCUGUCUAUUUAGGGGACCAGCUGAAGCAGUCGUUACGUCCAAUUAUAUCGGAGCUGGGUCGGGCAGUCCGAUACCCAUCGAGUAUUUACCGGAGGAAAGUUCAUUGAACUCUAAAGUUCGUUUGAUGAUCUUGUACCAAGGCCGACCAACUACGACAAUAGCUGUAGGAGAUCCACUAACAUUCAGACUGGAGGCUCAGGAUGGAUAUAAUUACGCAACGGACAUUUUUGCUACUAACGUUAUUGCAAGAGAUCCUUAUUCUGGCAGAUCUGUGCAACUUAUUGAUCGAGUAGGAUGCCCAGUGGAUCCUGAUGUGUUCCCUGAAUUGGACAAAGGAAGGAGUGGGGACUCCCUUGAAGCUAGAUUUAACGCCUUCAAAAUACCGGAAUCCAAUUUCUUAGUUUUUGAGGCAACCGUGCGUACGUGCCGUGAUGGAUGUCAACCGGCAUAUUGCCCAAGUCACACAGGAAGAUCUGAACCAUCAUUCGGCCGGCGUAGAAGAGAUGUCAAUACAACUGUUGGAGCUGAAACCAAUGACACAAUUGAAAUCAGCUCUGAAAACGCUGAUAGUAAUGCUAAUAAAUCCGAUGAAACAAACGCUGGUAACGUUUAUAAGGUAUCCUAUGAAGAAGCAGGCGUCGAUAAGUAUCUGAAGGAAGAAGUCGAGACUCCAAGUCAUGUGAGGAAAAUGAUUGAGGUAUUCGACAAUCGAAAUGAGCUGUUAGAAGAAAACGGACAGUCAGAUUCGGCACCAGUGGUAGCAACAGCGGGAAUUUGCGUCUCACCUUAUCACUACAGAGCGUUGCUGGUGGCGCUAUGUGUUUUGCUCUCCUUGCUACUGGCUAUGUUGACUGCUGCCUUGUAUAUUUACAAACGAUAUUGGCGUAUUCUGCGUAAGAAUAUCCAAGCUUCGAGUCCAGCACCAGCUUUACGCCCAGUGACUCCUGGUCCCAGGCCUUCGCGUCCAUCAUUGUUCUCAGCUUCACACCUUCAUAAACCAUUUUCAUUAAGUGGUUUGGGUCGAACUUUCGCGGAGGUCGGUGAGGAAGCGGGCUCGGCUGGUCGUUUGGCGAAUGCCUUCGAUGACGGCAGCGAACCUAUUUAUACAGAUCCUUCACUGUUUGAACGAUCCCGCUCGCUUCGCUCUCUUCAUUCAUUAGAUAUGAAGCCCGAACGACGCGACCACCGCUCGUAGAUCAUAAAUUCCCAGUUUUUACUAUGUUAACAAUAUUUGUUUUCUAACUCGAGAAUGAAAUUAAAAAGAUAACUCUUCAAAAUAAAUGUGCGUGCAAUUAAUUUUAUUCUUUUAACUGCCAUAAAAUGUGCUCAGUAUUAUAUCCGUCCAUAGAAAUUUAUAAAUUACAAUAACAUUAAAUUUAUAUAAUAUCAAAAAUUAUUGUACUUAAUUUUAAAAAUAUUAUAUAUGUAAGUCAGUACUAAUAAAUAUUUACAGUGAUUCUUA